AAAAUUCAUGGAUGAUGUUCAUUUUUCCCUCCAAGUGUGUCAAGUUCAACUAAGAAAUCUUUGGCAUGCCCAUCUCUUCUCCUUGAUGAUUGACUUGCUUAUGGCGUGUACAAGUGUUAUUUAGUUGUUACUUGUGAUGCCACAAACAUCCCCCCUAAUGAAGCUGGAAAUGUUGUGGAUAAACAAAUUCCUCCAAGUGCGACAAGAUGGACUAAGAAGUCCUUGGCAUGACCAUUGUUCACGCUCCUGAAAUCGAACGGAGGGUGGUGUACUAAAAAGGAAUACGAUGCAGAUGCAGCCGUUGGAUCUUCUUCCGCCGGCCCUGGCCGCGUUAAAUACGAGUGCGUACUGAGAACUAGUACCUUGUAUCUGGUAAGUCUUGCAAUAGAUUCCCAGUUUGCCAUGCUAAAAUGUUGUUAUCAACUCGAAAUUCCAGUAUUUCAAUGAUGUAUUGCCUGCCCCCGCUAUUGAGCAAAAAUUCUGGAAUCACUUGCAUUCAAAUUAUGAAGCAUGCUAAAUGUUAGUGCAACAGAAAUUGGAAUGCAGAAUUGAUUUUCUUUAAAAGGGAUGUGUAAUCGGGUUAGUUUAUCUGAUCUGGGGUCGAUGCUACCAGAUCUCACAACACACAAGUCCUACUCACACCCGUUCGUCGCUGUCGAACUUGUUGCUUUUGCUCUUGGAAUUUCUACCAGAUCUCACAACACACAAGUCCUACUCGCACCCGUUCGUCGCUGUCGAACUUGUUGCUUUUGCUCUUGGAAUUUCUAUUUUGCUUACUGCAGUUCUAAUUUUCUCGGUUUCUCUCUCUACAACUCAGCCCGUUUCCUUAGGAGCCUUUGUUUCAUUCUUUUACUUUUCCUGACCUUUUCCAUCACGUUCAAGGUGAGACAUCCCCAUCAUUUAUGAAGUCAGUCAAGCCUAAUUCCAGUCUUCCGGUAGGCUAAUCCUUUAAAUGACACCAGCACACAAAAUCGCCCAAGCUCCAACCAAAAGCACUAAAGUUCUUGCAAUUCUUGCUCCUCCCACAUCCUGUAAACUCUGGGCAUCAUGCCCUCAAUCUUGUCUCUGUUCUUUUAUUUACUCAUCCUUUUCUCCUUCACCAGUACAAUACUGGCAGCAGCGCCAACAAACAAGUCCGAGAUCGACCGCCAUGCCCUCCUUUGCUUCAAGUCUGGUAUCAACUCUGACCCCAUUGGCAUCCUAGAUUCAUGGAGCAACGGCUCACUUAAAUUCUGCAGCUGGAAAGGGGUCACUUGCGGCACAAACUUUCCACUCCGUGUGGUCUCUCUAGACCUCACCUCUGCACAGCUCUCUGGGCAAAUUUCUCGAUGCCUAGCUGACCUGACUUCUCUAUCCUUGAUAAAUCUUGGCGGCAAUCGUCUGUCGGGAAUGAUCCCGGAAGAGUUGGGGAAGCUUAUAGACCUUCAUACGCUAAAUCUUGCCGGCAGCAAUCUUGAAGGUACCAUCCCUGAUUCAUUAGGCAGUAUCAAUUCUCUUAGCUAUGUCAAUCUUGCAAACAACACUCUCACCGGAGGUAUUCCUCUCCCCUUGGCCAAUUGCUCCACACUCCGCGCACUUAUACUGUCACGUAACAACCUCUAUGGAUCGAUUCCUUCUACUUUGUUUGAUAACAAGCCUAAUCUUACUACAGUUGAUCUCCAGAUGAAUUAUUUCACUGGUGCAAUUCCACCUUUCCAUAAAGUCGCAGCUUUCAAGUUUCUUCGCCUGACAGAGAACUUCCUAUCUGGAAGCAUACAUCCUUCAAUUGGAAAUGUUUCUUCUCUCACGUCUAUAUUGCUCGGACAAAAUAAGUUAUCAGGGUCAAUUCCAGAAACUUUGGGUCACAUUGCAAAACUAUCUGAGCUUGACCUAAGUUUCAACAGUUUAUCAGGCAAUGUCCCGUUGUCGCUUUACAACAUGGCAUCACUCAAAUACUUCAGCGUAGGCAACAAUGGUCUUGUUGGACAGAUACCAUCUCACAUUGGUUACUCACUACCAAAUCUCCAGUCCCUGAUCAUGGGAAGCAACAGGCUAGAGGGCUUGAUCCCUGCUUCACUAGCCAACAUGUCAAAUCUCCAAAUGCUUGAUCUUUCAAACAACUUGCUACAUGGUUCUGUUCCAUCUCUUGGUUCCCUGGCAAACUUGCGUCGGUUAGUUUUGGGGAGGAACUUGCUAGAAGCACAUGACUGGUUAUUCCUUACAUCUCUGGCAAAUUGCACCCAGCUAUCAAAGUUGUCCUUGGAAGGGAAUGCUCUGAAUGGCAGCUUACCUAUAGCAGUUGUUAAUCUUUCCAGAAGGCUAGAAGAUUUAUCGUUUGGGUCAAACCAAAUUUCAGGCUCCAUACCUGUUGAGAUUAGCAAUCUUGUUAAUCUCACUUCACUUAAGAUGGAAAGAAAUUUUCUUUCUGGAAGCAUACCUUCCACUAUUGGGAAGCUGCAAUAUCUAUAUAUGCUAAGUCUAUCAGAGAACAGAUUAUCAGGUCAGAUUCCUCCCUCAAUUGGUGACAUUACCCAACUGGGCAAGCUUUAUCUUGAUGAUAACAACUUGAGUGGGAACAUACCUGGUAGUUUAGGUCAGUGCAAGGGACUUCUUGAACUAAACUUGUCCCGAAACAACCUUGAUGGAUCAAUACCAGUCGAAAUGUUUGCUAACCCUCCACUCUCCUUGGUUCUGGACUUCUCACACAACAAUCUCACAGGGGAACUUCCAUUGGGAUUUGGUUCACAUGGUAGUCCAGUAUCUCUUCACAUGGAAGGAAACAAGUUUCAUGGACAAAUUCCAGCAAGGUGGAAUUUAAUUUUGACCCGGCAGAUUAAUCUUUCUUACAAUGACUUAUCCGGUACCGUGCCUGAAUUCUUUGCGCUCCUGACUGAGCUGGAGCAACUUGAUUUAUCAUAUAACAACUUGGAAGGGGCUGUUCCUACAAGUGGAAUCUUUGAGAAUACUACCGCAGUAGUUUUGAAUGGCAACAAGAGACUCUGUUCAAAUUCCUCCAUGGUAGCAUUACCAAUUUGUCCUGGCAUCUCAGCUUCAGUCACUAAAACAAAGCACCAUCUGUCCUUGUUGGCAACCUUGCUGCUAAUUGUACUACUACCACUUACUAUUGGGUUCCUAGUCUUGUUAUGGUUUCUGCCCACUCUUUGGAAGAAAGGGAUGUUCUCAUUUUCACAAUGGGAUGUUCUGUCCAAGAUUUUGUCUUGUUUUUCCCAUCACAAGAGAAGAGAAGUGCAGGCAGCUCCGUGCCAUGAUGAAAAUAAACUGAAGAGGGUGUCAUACCAGGACAUUCUUAAAGCUACCAACUGGUUUUCUUCAGUCCAUACUAUAAGCUCAACCUGUACCGGGUCAGUUUAUGUUGGUAGGUUCAAGUCUGACAGGAGCUUAGUUGCCAUCAAAGUAUUCAACUUGAGUGAACCUGGUGGAUAUGAUAGUUACUUUAUCGAGUGUGAAGUACUACGAAGCACCCGCCAUAGAAAUAUAAUGCGACCUAUGACCCUAUGCUCGACAUUGGAUUCACAAAACCAUGAGUUCAAAGCGCUGAUCUUCGAGUUCAUGGUUAAUGGCAGCCUUGAGAGAUGGUUGCAUUCUGAGCAUCACAAUGAAAUCCCAGACAAAGUUCUAAGCUUUCGCCAGAGGAUAUGCAUAGGAGCAGAUGUCGCUUCUGCUCUUGAUUAUGUCCACAACCAACUGACACCUCCUUUGAUCCAUUGUGAUCUGAAGCCACAAAAUAUCCUUUUGGACAAUGACAUGACUGCACGGUUGAGUGACUUUGGCUCAGCAAAGUUUCUAUCACCUGGUCUGGCUAUUCCUGAAAGCCUGGAUGAUGUUGGAGGAACAAUUGGAUACAUGGCUCCAGAGUACGGGAUGGGUAGCGAGAUCUCCGCAGGAGGUGAUGUGUAUAGUUUUGGAGUCCUUCUACUGGAGUUGCUUACCGGAAAACGACCAACCGAUGAUAUGUUCGUGGAUGGACUUAGCCUUUGUAAGUUCUGUGAAUCCAUGUUCCCUGAGAGAGUUGCAGAGAUACUAGAUCCUCAUAUGGCGUGUGGGGAUCAUCAAGGGUGCACAGAAGCAUGGAUGCAGAGAUACAUUGUCCCGUUGGUUGCUCUUGGGCUGUCAUGUACCGUGGAAUCUCCCAAGGAUAGGCCUGGAAUGAAAGAUGUUUGUGCUAAACUAUCUGCUAUCAGAGAUGCUUUUCUGGAACGUCAUGAUGAUUGAGGAAUAUUGCAGUUCUAUUACAUCAUGCUGAUUCGUUAUUGCUGAGAGUGUAAUUUUGUAACUCAGCGAGUUCAUAUUGUCCGAUUUACUCAUGUCAUGGAGGAAUGGAGCGUAACGAGAUUUAUCGCUUUACCAAUGGCCCUUCUUCGCAAACACCCCCCUCCAUCACAACUAAGCCGGUCCACCGCAUUUCUCCCACUGCCCCUCCACCACACAGCUGGAGCGAGCCAAGGGGAACUCCCAUUCUUCCAUUCCUCUCCUGCUCCAGACGCGGAGUAUGUUCCCAUACCGCAGCCCCAUAGGGAAUUUGUUAGAGGAGUAACUCCGUAAAUUACUUAGGACUUUGUGUGGUGAUGUAGUGGCUCUAUGUGGCAGUGUGAGUCAGUUGUGCUCGGCCUAGGUUCGUGUCUUUGAGAUACUAUCGCGCAAUUUGGUUUCAUCGAACACAUAUCGGCAUUGUGCUGUGGAAGGGGGAAGAAGGCAAGCAGCGGCAAUGACUGCCAUAGCCGGUGGAAGAGAGAAUGAGGAUCUCGAAUUAAUGAGAAAGGAGGAAGAGGCAAUAUUUGCCUUACCUUGAUCCACAACUCAAUCCUAAUUACAUUGCCAUUUCUCAAAUGAUUUCAACUAUACAGGGGCCAUAGUCUCCUGUUAUUCUCCUCAUCUUCUGGAUCUGCUACUCUUCCUAGGUUCCCAAGUUUCGUAGGCAGUCCAAGUAGAAACAGGUCAGUGCCGCUGUGUCGAGGGCAUAUGCUGCUACCACUCGUUAGUAUUAUCAUGUCAUGUCAUGGAUGCUGGGAACAAUUUAUUCUGGCAAGCAUCUUCUUUAGAAUUGUCACAUUAUUCAUGUGGAGGGUGUUCAAUGAUGGGGAUAGGUGGAUCUUGACUGGAAAAUGCAUGGAUAAUUUAUUUUUCCUCCAAGUGUGUCAAGAUCAACUAAGAAGUCCUUGACAUGCCAUUUCUUUCCCUUGAUGAUUGAAUUGGCACUUCGCAGAGCCAACUAAAUCGUUUCCUGCGCAUGCAGCAGGAUACAUUCUAAAACCGUACUGGAAGCAAGAAAAUUAUUUUCAAGUGAACUGUAUCAUAUGGCAUGUUGAGAACCAAGCGCUGGU